UCGCAGGCACAGCGCGGGAAAAUCUGACCAGAGGGUUGCAGCUGUCUCUUCACUCACCCUUCACACGCCGGCCUAAGGCGGUCAGCCGAGAUGAAGGAAGCAGAAGCCGAGGAGCAGCAGGAAUUCUCUUACCAACAGAGGCUAAAGGCAGCAGUUCACUACACAGUGGGCUGUCUUUGCAAUGAGGUUGCUUUGGACAAGGAAGUGCAGUUCAGCAAACAGACCAUUGCAGCAAUUUCGGAGGUGACUUUUCGACAGUGCGAACAUUUUGCCAAAGACCUUGAAAUGUUUGCCAGACACGCAAAAAGAAGCACAAUUAGCACUGAAGACGUGAAGCUCUUAGCCAGGAGGAGUAAUUCACUGCUAAAAUAUAUCACAGAGAAAAAUGAAGAGAUUGCUCAGCUUAACCAAGAACAAAAGGCAAAGAAGAAAAAAAAGUUGGAGAAUGAAACUAAGAAUUCUGUAGAGCCAGAAGAUACCGAAGUGAUGGAGAGUGAGAAUUAAGUCUCACCACUUGGGGAAAGGCAGGAAGUGCCAUGCAGAAAUGCAGACAUGUCAAAAAAUUGAAUCAGGCUGCAUGUGUCUGGAGUACAUUUACUGUGGCUAGAGGCCUGGCACACCCAUUUCUCUCUCUCUCACUCUACCUGCCUUUUUCUCUCUCAAAUAAAUAAAUAAAUAAGGGCUGA